CGGAGGCGAUACAAGAUUGAAAGCAUUCGAAAUGAAUAGUAGCUAGUUCUGUUGGAUGAUUAUCUACUACUGGUAAAUUUCCAAACAGUUCAAUGAGAUUGCCAAGCCACCCAAACAAUGUAGGAGCAGUGUACACCGGCGAGUAACCUGGGGCAAGACCCGUUCACUAGUUCUUGGGUGCCUGAGAAAAAGCAGAACGGUUGGCGGAGAUAGCAUCGGCGACCAACAUUUUCCCUCCCGCCCCUCACCCUCCAUCCUACUUCCCUUUUUCUCCUCCCCUCUCUCGCUCACCUCCAUCCCCAUCCUCUUCAAUUGAUUCUCUAUCUCUCCCCUCCCCAUCUCCCUUCCUCCAUUAGCUUUGUCUAGUACAUUCACAAUGGCGGCCACUACCUCCCUCGACCACCUGUCCAACCGGAUGAAGCUGGAGUGGCACUCCAAGCUCAACACCGAUAUGGUGCCAGCAAAGAACUUCCGCCGCACCUCCAUCAUCGGUACCAUUGGUCCCAAGACCAACUCCGUCCAGAAGAUCAACGCUCUCCGCACUGCCGGUCUUAACGUUGUCCGCAUGAACUUCUCCCACGGCUCAUAUGAGUACCACCAAUCUGUGAUCGAUAACUCCCGUGAGGCCGCUCGCACCCAGACUGGUCGUCCUCUGGCCAUUGCCCUCGACACCAAGGGCCCCGAGAUCCGUACCGGUAACACCGUCGAUGACAAGGACUUCCCCAUCGCUGCCGGUACCGAGCUCAACAUCACUACCGAUGAGGCCUAUGCCACCGCCAGUGACGACAAGAACAUGUACCUCGACUACAAGAACAUCACCAAUGUGAUCUCUCCCGGCAAGCUCAUCUAUGUCGAUGAUGGCAUUCUGUCAUUUGAGGUGAUCCAGGUUGUGGAUGACAAGACCCUGCGCGUCAAGUGCUUGAACAACGGUAACAUCUCGUCCCGCAAGGGUGUCAACUUGCCCGGUACCGACGUAGACCUCCCCGCUCUGUCGGAGAAGGAUAUCAGUGACCUGAAGUUCGGUGUCAAGAACAAGGUCGACAUGAUCUUCGCCUCCUUCAUCCGCCGCGGUAGCGACAUCCAAGCCAUCCGUGAGGUUCUCGGUGAGGAGGGUAAGGAGAUCCAGAUCAUUGCCAAGGUUGAGAACCAGCAGGGUGUCAACAACUUUGACGAGAUCCUGGAGGCCACUGACGGUGUCAUGGUUGCCCGUGGUGACCUCGGUAUCGAGAUCCCCGCCCCCAAGGUGUUCAUCGCCCAGAAGAUGAUGAUCGCCAAGUGCAACAUCAAGGGCAAGCCCGUGAUCUGUGCCACUCAGAUGCUCGAGUCCAUGACGUACAACCCUCGCCCAACCCGUGCUGAGGUGUCUGACGUUGCCAACGCCGUUCUCGACGGUGCUGACUGUGUCAUGCUGUCGGGCGAGACCGCCAAGGGUAACUACCCUUGCGAGGCCGUCAAGAUGAUGCACGAGACCUGCCUGUUGGCCGAGGUCACCAUCCCCCACUUCCAGAUCUUCGAUGAGCUGCGCAACCUGGCUCCUCGUCCCACCGAGACUUCCGAGUCCAUUGCCAUGGCUGCUGUCAGCGCCAGUCUGGAGCUGAAUGCCGGUGCCAUCGUCGUCCUGACCACCAGCGGCAAGACUGCCCGCCUUCUGUCCAAGUACCGCCCCGUCUGCCCCAUCCUGAUGGUCACUCGUAACGCCACCGCUUCUCGGUACUCGCACCUGUACCGCGGUGUCUGGCCUUUCUACUUCCCCGAGAACAAGCCCGACUUCAACGUCAAGAUCUGGCAGGAGGACGUCGACCGCCGCCUCAAGUGGGGUAUUAACCACGGUCUCAAGCUCGGCAUCAUCAACAAGGGCGACCCCAUCGUCUGCGUUCAGGGAUGGCGCGGCGGCAUGGGCCACACCAACACCGUUCGUGUGGUCCCUGCCGAGGAGAACCUCGGUCUGGCCAUGGAGUAAAUCUUCGACGGUGCCAUAUGAUGAAGGCCACGAAUCUGUUGCUCCAAUCUUUUUUCCUUUUAGUUCUUUUCUCUUUUUUUUUUCUGGUUAUCGCUGGUGCGAGGGGUUGGAUACAUACCUAUUUUCCUUAUUUUGUCAAACAGCAAAAAUGUUUCUUGCCACUGUUUCAAGGCUAAAUCCGUUUCUGCUCCAUGGUCUGGACCAUCGCUGUUUCUCGAGACGAGAUAAAUGCAUUUCCGCUGUAUAUGAGAAUGGCUUGAAUAUCCCUAUGCUGCGUCCAUUUAUGUCAGUAACUCUUGAUGAUCCUCAAACUGAAUGAGGAAAAUGAAAGUGCCCAUGAUUUCUGUUCAGAUUUUCUAGUUAGUGAGCCGGUUAGUUUUGCAUUGGACCUGUCCGGACCUGUCCGUUCCAUUAGAAGCGACGGGAGGUUCUGCGCGCGUUCUUGCACGUCUUUUGUUCACGUACGCUCUCACUGGAGAGUCGAGCGCAAUCACACGAGCAAUGGAACUGGGUUAAAGACUGCGCGAAUAAAGCGAAGGAGAAAAAAGAAAGGAGAAAAAGAAACAGCCGACGGUCAAAUGGAAACGCCUUCCCUCAAUGCGGGGGACCACGAAAACGCGCGACCCGACUCCGACUCCGAGGCUCGGCAUGUGUCCUGCAGGCACCCGAGUAUGUAACCAGAAUAUGUAUACUCUCUCCGUAGUCGCAUGCAUUAGCUCUUUUCAACCAAGAGCCAUACAACACAGCGAGGGCAUGUUCGUCAAUUGGACGAGAAUAACAAGAGGCAAAGAAAGAAGAAAUCCAAAAAGUUCAUCCUGUCCGAUGGCAGAAGAUACUUCCCGAGUGCGGUCCCGUUUAGUCCCGAUUUUCGCCGAAGUCACAGGGGUUCGAUUCACAGCCUGGUUUACAAGGCAUGAACAUUUUCGAUUUGUGGCAGCGAGUGGAAGAGAACACUACUUUUGUCUUUUAUAUUCGCGCAUCAAUACUCGGUUCUAUUUCCUCUUUCAUAACAAUCUAGUCAACAGGUCUUUGCUGAUUGCAUUGCAUCCU